AGGACAUGACUGGUAGUGAGGCCGUGUUGGUAGUACUCGUCAGUAGGGCCCUGAGUCCCACUUCCAAGCCCUCACGAGACAGCUUAUGUUCUACAAGGACGACUGAAGAAGAGCAGUAGUAGCAGUAGUACAAUGAGUGAUUGCAUCUCCCAAGUCCCGAACAUGAGGGCAUUUUAUUUCAUGAUUUUCAUGGCAUUGCCUACCAACUCCACUAGAACCUUGGAACGUUAGUUCUUGCUGCACUCAAAACGCCAAAAAACUGUUGCAUUGAAAUGGCUGUCAUUGGCCCCAUUUAGACCUUGGUUUUUGGACUUGGAAUCACGGGGAAUAAAGUAAAAGCCUGCGAAAAAAUUUCACCCCCUAACCUUGGACUCUGGGUUGUAUCUUGUAUGCCCCUCACCAGAAUGCCGUGGGAAACCAUCCGGCUUGGUUGGGCUGAGCUGCUUAAUGUUGAGUGGAUGAAUAGUGAAUCUUAAACCCACAUAUCUCAGUUGGGCUCGCAUAUUUAGAUGAAAAAAUAAAAGCAGACCAUGGCCAAAAUAAUUAUAUUUAAGAAUAGGCCACACGAGUAUUAACAAAGGUCAGAAAAUGAUUGAAAUGCAGAAAUGGCGUCGCCCGGACUCGAACCGGAGACCUUCAGUGUGUUAGACUGACGUGAUAACCAACUACACCACGACACCUUGUUACAUUUCUCUUUUGAACUUUUAAUUAGAGAAAGAGUGCAAAUUUAGCCUCGUUGCCAGAUAUGAUAGACAGCACAUGGGAAGAAACUAAAACCAGAGCAGAGUCGAAAUUGAAGUUGAUGAGCCAAAUGAUGAUGGUGGGCAAUCCAACGUCUCUUCUCACCUCUCCUAAUGCGUCUACCGCCAAUUUCAUCUGUUUUUGCAUUCAAAUGCCAAAUGAAACUCAAAAAACUAUGCCACAUCUCUCGUAUUUCUCAAGCUCAUCUUCAACUGCGUCGUCACGCUUCCUUCCCUUCAAAAACAGCUGUUUCCUCUCUUCUCCACUACUAUCUCAACGUACCCAUUUCAGUUUCUGUUCUCUUUUAGGGAAAAGAGAUGAUAUUUUGUGUGGAAAUGAGAUAAAGAAGCAAAGGAAGGGCGGCACUGCCCUCAUGGAAAUGAGCGACUUGGAUGGUGUGGAUGAGAUGGAUGAUGAAUUAGAUGAUUUCGAUGAUGAAAAUGAGGAUGUUGAAGAUGAAGAGAUGUUUUUGCCCUUUGGGAAGAUGAAAAAGUGGCUAGAGAACAAGCCCCGUGGGUUCGGUGAAGGGAAGGUUUACGAUACAUCUAUUGAAGACAAGAUGCUUGAAGAAAUGGAACGGAGUAGAAAGGCACAGGCUGCUAAUAUCAAUAAACUUAAAAAUAAUCCUAUCAAUUCUUCGCCCAAGAAAGACAAUCAAAACAAGAAAGUAACUGAUGUCGUACCAAGUGGCUUUCGUGUUCAUGUUGUCAACCUUCCAAAGAAAAAGAAUAUACUCAGAGAUCUUAAAUCAGCAUUUAAAGAAGUUCCUGGCGUCAUUAAUAUGAUUCCAGCUGUUUCUGGCAAUAAAAAGACAAAGGAUCCUAUUUGCAAGGGCUUCGCCUUUGUUGAUUUUAAUUCUGAGGAGGAUGCCAUUAGGUUUGUGCAACAAUUUUCCGGACAAAAUGUAGCAUUUGGCAGGAUUCAGAAGCAGAUAAAAUGUGUAAUGACAAAUUCACACUCUUCCAUCUCUUCUGAUGAUGAAUCAGCAGACAGCUCUUACUCUGGUUCAAACUUAAUGGUUCCUGCUCCAGAAGAAGAUAAGAGUUCUCAUAUUGAUAUGGAUGACUCAUCCUUUGAAGAAACUUCCCCUGAGGAUGGAUUUGUAACAGAAAAAUUGCAAGAUGUGGUGGACAAUCUGGAAUCUUUCAGUAUAUCAGAGUUGGAUAGUAAUGAUAACAUGGAAUCAAUGACAGAACCUACACCUAGUUCAUUUUCUCUGAAGAAACAAAAUAAAAGUAAGGCUACUAAGAAAAAGACAAUUGUGAAAGGGAGGAGGGAGAAGGUUCCCAAGAUGGAAAUCCCAGGAUCUGGAAAGAAGUUGAAGAUCAAGGAGAAGGCUGUGCUGACCAAUGUGUUCUCCAAAUACGGAUUACAUUCGUCUCUGGCUUCAAAAGAAGAUAGCUAACUCAUAAAUGACACCUGUCUGACAAUGGAAAGCAAAGUGUUUAAUGUAUAUGUGUAACCUAUAGAGUCUGAUGUUAUAAUCUGCAUAAUUCUGAGAAUUCUGAGAUAUGACUACUUUCUGGCCUGUCCCAAGUACAGAACACAUUUCUCAAGCAUUUUUCUAAUUCAAUUUUGUAUGGGCUUGUCUCUUCAACAGUAACAACAUUUUCGAAAUGAUAGCCUGCUUUGGUACUUCGAACGAA